AUGGAAUCAUUGACAAAUACUAAAGAACAUUCAAAUCCACCGAAAGAACAGGAAGAUGGCGUUGCUAAAACCUUGCAAGUUGCUCAUAAUUUAGAGUCAUCUUUUUUAAAAGAUUGGCAAAGCGAUACUCAUGUCUCUGAAGUACAAGAAUUGAUUAAAGCACACAAAACUAUAAAGAACAUAGAAAAGAUGACGCAUUCUAUUAGGGAUUUAUUUCAAGAAUGUAAGGGUGAUCGUGAUAAUUCUAUGUGUCUCACAGUCGAGAAAAUGGAAUGGGAAACUCUCCAUGAUGUAGCUUCCAUGAUUAUACAGGAAUACACAAGUAAAGUUGAUCAAAUUAUGAUGAAGUUAAAUGAUCUAAGUCGACAGAUUAUGUUAUGGCAAGAAGCAGCAUUUAUUAUGGAUUCCCAUAGAGGAAUAGGCCAGGUAAGUGAGUGUCAGGAUUGGAUAACUUUAAAAGAAAUAUACUUAGAUUACAAGCAUAAAGUUCUUAACGAUUCAAUUAAUGAAAUAAAGAAUACUGUGGCAAGACUACCCAAUAAUUAG